UCUUAAACAUGUGACUCUUCAUGUGUUUUAAUUUUUUUUCCGAAUUUAUUUUUUUCAUCUUGCAAACAAACAUCAUCAUGGAAAAAAGUGAUAGUUUGGAAUUUUUUUGCGAUCAAAUGUUACACCGAUAUUAUGAUCUGUUAAUUGAUCAUCAAUCAGUUGGCCAAUCUACGAUGCCCAUGACGUAUAUUCAUUUUAAGGAUGAAUUAAUUUGGUUGGAAAUUCUCAGAAAUCUUGAAAUUCGUCAAGCUUUAACAUCAAUGUUCCGUAAAGAUGAAGAAAGUUUUGACAACAUUAAAGGACCCAAAAAUUUGGAUGAUAGAGUCGGAAAGCUUUUGGUCGGAGCCAUAUCAUGUUUGCAGCUUUAUGUCAUAGAUAAUUUUUUAUUUCAUAUUGAUCGAAGUCAAAAAAAAUCUUACGAUGAUUGUUUAGAGUUUGUCAAAGAUUUUUUCACUCUAGACGACGAAAACUGUGACAUUCAUUGCAUCGAAUAUUCACUUGAUAUUGAUGGUGAAACUAUUUCUCCUUCGGCAAGAAACAUUGAAUUAUUGAAACUUUCUCGACUUGUUUUUGAAUUUUUGAAUCAGAAAUUUAAUACCUUUUUUCAAAAUCGCCCAGAUGAACAAUUUUAUUUCAUUUUAUGGUCGAUGCGUUCCGCCAUUAUUCAUCAAUCUUCACUUUCUUCAUCGACUGGAACGCUUUAUGAUGAAAUUCUUGAUUAUACCAAGCGAUUGGAAUCGAUUCUCGCAUCAAAUGACAAGAUAAGCAAUUCAUUCAAAAUGAACUUGUUCACCGAAAUCGUUAAUAUAUUCACAAUUUUCGGCGAUCAAGAAAAUUCAAAAAAAUACAUGACUUUAGCUAAAAAUCAUUCGGAUGUUUUGUUCGAUUUAAUUGGUCGACUUGGAUUACGAACUCAAUUUCAAACAAAACCCGUUUCACAGUUGAUGGUCAAUCUCAAACGAUUGUCAGAAGAACCCGACGAAAAAAUAAAAAAUAAUGAAGUCAAAAUUACGAUAACUAUGCCGUUCAAUGAACCUUCGGAGGAUAAUACGCUUUUCCAAGAAGUGAAAUUUAUUGACGAAGAAAAAUCCGAUUCGAAUCAAAUCGUCAAGCUCAAACCUAUUGAACAAUCGUUAAUGGUCACCUGGAUUAAAUUUCAGCAGCGUUUUGGAUCGGCUACUGAUGAACUUUUGCGUGAAGAAUUAUUAACAUACAUUUAUUUUCUUUUACAACAUUGUGAUCAUUGGAUUUUGCAGUUUAUUCUGUUGGAAAUGCGAAGUCUUCAGGAACGUUUAAUACGCCGACGUGUGGAACGUUCAUUGAAACAGUUUCAAACCCUUUUUGAAACUAUACGUUAUUCAAAUAAAAAGUUUUUCGCAGAACAAGCAUUCCAACGAAUCAGAUAUUUUUAUUCGGUGCUUUCUAAUCCAUUCUGGAAAAUCGAAAAACAAUAUGCUGAUCUAUUGUUUGUUCUGGGUGUCUAUAAAUCUGCUUUGGAUGUCUAUCUUCGCCUGCAACAAUGGCGUGAAAUAAUCGAAUGCUACAGGAGAAUUGGCUUGCUACACAAAGCCGAGGAAAUAAUUCGUGAAAAAUUGACCGAAAAUGAUAAUCAACCUGAUAUGCAUUGCUUAUUGGGCGAAAUAACUGGCGAUCUUGAUUGUUUUCAUUAUUCCUGGAAAAUAUCUAAUCAUCAAUAUGCGCGAGCACCAAAAAUGCUUGGUCUACAUUAUUUUGAUGUCAAAGAUUAUGAACAUGCUUUGGAAUAUUUCCGAAAGUCAAUCGAUGUUAAUUCAAUGCAAGUCGAUGUUUGGUAUCGUAUGGGUUACAUUGGUUUGAUACAAGAAGAUUGGAAUCUUUCGGUCAUGGCCUAUAGAAAAGUGCUGCAAUUCGAUACUGAUUCAUUCGAAGCAUGGAAUAAUCUGUCAAAAGCUUAUAUUAAACUUGGAGAUAAAGAACGGGCAAUGAAAACAUUACAAGAAGCCCUUAAAUGUGAUUUUGAACAAUGGAAAAUUUGGGAAAAUUAUAUCGCCGUUUGUGCCGAUCUUGGUGAAGUUUGGGAAAUUAUUCAAUCAUGGCAUCGAUUGAUAGACAUCAAAAAAACGUAUCUAGAUGAUCAAGUAGCUGAUAUACUCGUCAAAUGUCUUCAAGAACAUUCGGAUGAUCAACGAUUAAUUUCAAAAUCCAUAGAGCUAUUCGGUCGUAUAACGAGUACAUCUCCUGGAACAGCAAAAACCUGGAAUCUAUAUGCCCGAUUGUUAAUUAUGGCCAAUCGUGACCGAGAUGAUGUGGCCAAAAUCGAACAAUGUUUGCAAAAAUCUCAACGUCAAAUAUUGAUGGAUGGCUGGGAAAAAAAUGUCUAUAAGAUGAUUGAAGUUUUGAACCAUUUCGAAGAUCUAGCCGUUGAUAUUUUCGAAUUUAUAAAAAAGCAUCCACAAACAUUGCCCACAACUUUAGGUUCAUUCCGACUAUCGCUGAAUUCUAUUCUGGGACAAGUGAACAAAACAAAGUCUAAUCUAGCUAUUACAGAACCCGCAAUAUUGGAAAAAUUGAAUGCAAAAAUUGAUGUAAUCUCACAGAUACAGAAUCAAGUUAUAGACAUUUUAAAAAAAUGAACCAAAAUUAAUGCUAUUUUUUGUUGAUUUUAUUUUUUUCAUAAUUGAAUUUUUCAAUAAUAAUUACAUUUCGAUUAUUUUAUCGAAUUUAUCCAUUUUAAAUCUAAAAUUGCUUAAUUUGAUAACAAUUACAAAGCGGCAGCACCUGAAAUAAUUUCAAUCAACUCC